AUUACUACCACUACUACUUAUUAUGUCAAUCAUGGAGGAAGUUUCCGCAAAUGCUCAGUGCAUUCUAGACCGCAUCAUAAUCAUCCAUCUUAUGGUGAUAUGAUUAAAGGCGCCUUAUCUGCUGCUAAGGAUAGAAAAGGUUCAAGUCGUGCGGCAAUCUUGAAGUAUAUCCUACAAAAUUACCAAGUUGGGGAGAAUGCUUCAAUGGUUAAUGCUUAUCUGCGAAUGGGACUGAAACGUGGCGUAGCGUCUGGCAUCUUGACACAGUUAAAAGGAACGGGUGCCAGUGGUUCAUUCCGCUUAGCUGAUAAAACAGUGAAGAAAACGAAAAAGGUGGUGAAAGCUAAGUCGGUGGUGACAGUUGACGUGAAAAAACCGUCUCCAAAAAAGACUGAAGCCAAAACCACUGUCAAAAAAGUGAGUUUUCUACCUUUAAAAUACUCGCUAUAA